AAGAAUGGGAUUGAGAGGUAAGGGAAGAUCACUCGGUAUGACUCGAUCUUACUCGCUCUAAGAGUGUGUUGCUUUCGUUCGGAGAGUCGUGUAAUAUUUUUCGGUUCGACUUCGCCAUUGUACAAAUAGGCAAGAGGAAAACAAUAGAAACUAUUGCAUUUAUAUGCGAUCGCAAUAACCACUUGGUCUCUUUUCGUCGCCCUGGCGAUUAUGUUUAAAGCGGGAUUGUGUUUAUUUCUGCAAAGUCGCGCCCUCUUCCUUGACGUUACUGUUGCCAAAAGCAAACAAUUUCAUCUCUCAUUUUUAGAAUCUACUUGUUUGUGUAAAUUUUGAUUGUUCCCGCGAACGCAGUGCCAACAUUGAUAAUCUCAGGGAGUCUACUACUAAAAUGGAUGUUUAUAUGUGUGGAGGAUUUAAAGUUCAAACUAUCGCGCACGUGCAAUAUUUGCAGGCAGCUAAUAUGUUGGUAUGACUGUUCGGAAAAUUCAGAAAGUGAACAGGUGUUUUUUGAAUGGAAAUGGAUUAGUUGCAGCCAAGCAAGAAUUGACUAACUGCACCGAUUUUCUUCUCAAUAUUGUAUAUGGAAAUGCAAGGAGAUUAAUCUUUGUAAUGAGUUACUCAGAAACAGGAGGAAGUAAUUUCGAUUCCAGUGAAAUGGAUAUAAUGGGAAAGUGCAACAGAAACUAUCAGUCUAAGGGUCAUGUUGUAGUCUACCCUAACCUCAAAUGUUUGUAAGAACACCGUAAAUGCUAUUCACAACGUGAUGUUGCACCUACCUUGAGGAUAAGUUGGCAGUAGCCAAAUAAGUAAGGAGUAGCAAGUUAAAUAUGCCACAUCAAUUUGGUUUACCCAUUAUGGCACACGGCAUGCAGUCCCCGCCUUCGCCAACAUCGGUCAUGUCUGUAUAUCCUCGUUUCAGUGCUGGAGUGUAUCGUCCGGACAAUCAAGACCAAAGGUUGACACGAGAAGCUAUGGAACGUUACUUGCGUGAUAGGAGUGAUAUGGUCAUUGUAAUUUUACAUGCUAAAGUUGCUCAGAAAUCGUAUGGUAAUGAAAAACGAUUCUUCUGUCCGCCACCUUGUAUUUAUUUAUUUGGAGAUGGUUGGAGAAUGAGACAGGAACAAAUGCUCAGAGACGGUGAGUCCGAACAGUCAUCGCAAUUAUGCGCUUUUAUUGGAAUUGGAAAUUCCGAUCAGGAUAUGCAGCAACUUGAUCUCAACAAUGGCAAACAAUAUUGCGCCGCUAAAACCUUGUACAUAUCCGACUCAGAUAAGAGAAAGCAUUUUAUGCUUUCCGUUAAAAUGUUUUACGGUAGUGGACAUGAUAUUGGAGUUUUUCACAGUAAGCGAAUAAAGGUCAUAUCGAAACCUUCCAAAAAGAAACAGUCGUUAAAAAAUGCUGAUCUUUGUAUUGCCAGUGGCACUAAAGUAGCUCUUUUCAAUCGUUUACGUUCACAAACGGUUAGCACGAGAUAUCUACAUGUUGAAAAUGGCAAUUUUCAUGCUAGUUCAACGCAAUGGGGUGCGUUCACAAUUCACCUUUUAGACGACAAUGAAAGUGAAUCAGAAGAAUUUCAAGUUCGGGACGGGUAUGUCCACUAUGGCAGUACAGUAAAAUUAGUCUGCUCAGUAACUGGAAUGGCCCUACCUCGAUUAGUUAUUCGCAAGGUUGACAAGCAAAUGGCGAGUUUGGAGGCUGACGAUCCUGUGUCGCAAUUGCAUAAAUGUGCUUUCUACAUGAAAGACACGGACCAUAUGUAUUUGUGUCUUUCUCAAGAGAGGAUAAUUCAGUUUCAAGCAACUCCCUGUCCAAAGGAAGCAAACAAAGAGAUGAUUAAUGAUGGUGCUUGCUGGACAAUUAUUAGUACUGACAAAGCUGAAUACCAAUUUUUCGAAGGAAUGGGUCCAGUGCGUUCGCCCGUAACUCCAGUGCCACUUGUUCAUAGUCUGCAUCUUAACGGGGGCGGUGAUGUUGCAAUGCUGGAAUUGACUGGUGACAACUUUACACCAAAUCUUCGAGUGUGGUUUGGUGACGUUGAAGCUGAAACCAUGUAUAGGUGUCAAGAGAGUAUGUUGUGUGUCGUUCCGGAUAUAUCACUCUUCAGAGGUGAAUGGCUUUGGGUUCGACAACCCACCCAAGUUCCAGUUUCUCUAGUACGCAACGACGGUAUUAUCUACGCUACUGGAUUAACGUUUACCUAUACGCCAGAACCGGGACCUCGUCCACACUGUCCUCCCGCGGAUGAAGUCAUGAGAGCACCCCGUUCCAUGCACAAUCAAGCUAGUAUGCCUCCAGCUAUAGCUGAUGUUCCCUGGAGUACACAUCCGCCAUCACAAGGAGGUCUCUGAUACUUCCUUUUCAUUUACAGACAGAACCAAAGCACCCUAAGUUUUAGUGCGAAUUACAUGCCUUCUGUGUUCGACAAAAGUAGACACGUCUCUGUGAACAUUGAAACAAACGAAAACGAACAAGACAGUUCAGCAGAACUUUAUUUUAGUAGUUUAUGUGUUUUAAUAAAUGUUUCAGAAAUUGUUGAAACAAUGUGUAAAAUAUUAUACAGAAUCUAAUGAGAUACUAUGCUAGAAAACGAAUAAAAUAAUUUAUAUUAAAUAUAAUAACACUAAUUAUUAAAAUAUUUGAUUCAGCAAAUAGAUUUUUUAUUAAAGUGAUAAUGUUAAUCAAAUCUUAA